AUGGUUCAGAACCAAAAGACUCCUCAGCAGCAUAAUUCUACGUUGUUUAUUUCGCCAAUGUUGAACCGAAGGAAGGAACUCUUUCGUACGCCGCCAAAUCAAACAACAACGACGACUUCAAAACAGAGUAACAAGAUAUUUGAAACGCCAGGUUCGUCGACCAAAUCGCUGUUUUUCAAUCUUGAUCGAACGUCAACGUCAAAUAACAAUUUAGCGAGUCAUAACAGAAGUGACGAAUCUUUGCUGCAGGCCGAUUUGCUUACGCCAAUUGAAAAACUCAGAUUGUGGAGACACGAUGCUAUUAUGCAGCAUCAGUACAAGACAGCCGAAUUUUUAGGAGACAAGAUUUUGGACUUGACCACGGAUGCCAAUGAUGCGUUUUGGUUAGCUCAAGUAUAUUUCAACCAGGGUAAUUAUCUACGAUGUAAGGAAUUGAUUUUAUCAAAUGAGGAAUUUUCGAGGAGUAUUAUAUGUCGAUACUUGGCCGGGUAUAGUUUAAUUAAGCUAGAACAAUGGGAAGACGCAUUGGAGGUCAUUGGAGAAAAUAACCCCUUUGAUAAGGAUGACCGCUUGAAGAAUGACGAUGGCGGAGUUAAACUUGAGGCAUCAAUGUGCUAUUUGAGAGGAUUAAUCUAUGCAGCGCAAACUAGUUUUGACAAGGCAAAAGAGUGCUAUAAAGAAGCAUUAUUGGUGGAUGUCAAAUGCUACGAAGCGUUUAACGAGUUAAUAAGCAACAAUUUAAUGACGCCGCUUGAAGAAUGGGAGUUUGUUACAACCAGAUUGAAUUAUAGAGAGGUGGACAACAAUGACGAUUUGAUAAAGCUUUUAUACGCUACGAAAUUGAGCAAAUACUUAAAUGUGGAUAAGUUUAAAGAAGCCGAACAGAUUUUGAGAGAAGAGUAUGAUCUCGAUAACAACUGCGACUUAUUGCUCAGCCAAGCUGACUACCUAUACAUACAGUGUAAUUUCGAUGCUUGUUUAAACUUGUGCGAGAGAAUCAUUUUCAAAGAUCCUUACAAUUUUGAUAUUUUGCCAAACUACUUAAGCUGCUUGUACGAGCUUGGAGGUAGAAACAAGCUAUUCUACAAGAGCCAUCAAUUGGCAGAGUUUCACCCUUCAAGUCCAAUGACGUGGUUGGCCAUUGGCACUUAUUACUUGUCGAUAAAUAAGAUUCAUGAGGCGAGAAAGUUUUUUAACAAAGCAACAAUAUUGAAUCCCAAUUUUGGCCAAGCAUGGAUCGGAUUUGCUCAUACGUUUGCCGCUGAAGGAGAGCACGAACAAGCCAUCAGUGCAUAUGCAUAUGCAGCUAGGUUGUUUUCUGGUACUCACUUACCAAACCUCUUCUUGGGAAUGCAACAUCUUCAAAUGAACAAUUUGAAUCUUGCUGAAGAGUAUCUUUUAGCCUCGCACCAUAUCUGCGCGGAAGAUCCGCUUCUUCUCAAUGAACUUGGUGUAGUUUACUUUCACAAAAAUGAGCUCGAUAAAGCGGAGUUUUAUUUACAAAGAGCAUUACAAAUGGCAAAAUACCUAAAUUCAAAUUCGAAAACUUGGGUUUCAAUACAUGCUAACCUAGGUCAUGUUUAUAGGAAGUCAAACGACCCAUAUAAGGCACUAGAAUGUCUCAACCAAGUGUUGAAAAUCAACAAUAAAAAUGACGCUAAUAUUCUAUCUGCAGUGGGAUUGAUACACAUGAAACUAGGUGAUUAUUUUCUGGCAAUUGACCAUUUACACGAUGCGUUGGCUAUAGCGCCACUAGACCCUAUAGCAAACGAUUUGUUGAAAAGAGCCCUUGACGCGAAUAAGGAGAAUAGCUAUGAUUUUUUCACAAAGUUGGAAAACCUUGCAAACAAGAACCUAGAUUGUAUAUUUUCUGAUUCUGAUGAUUAA